AUGCUACCUGAUGCUUGGCCAGCAGAUGCUUGCGUCUUGCUGCUCCUCGUGGCCCGAGGCUUGGAGGAUGUUGCGCUUGGUGUGGUGGAAGAGACCCUGGAGGCCUUGCGCCGACCGGAAGAUGUCGAACAUUUGCAUUCCGAAAACUGCUUGGAGACUCCAUCGAGAUGUCCACGGAAAGCCGAGUGCGAUGUGGUGUUGCCUCCACUGGAGCGGAGCCGCUGGAGUGUGUUGAGUGUCCAGGCGGCGCCCGCGUUUUGCCCUGCGCCGGUCGGGGAGGAAGGCGAAGCGUUUGUUGGGAAAGUUCUCCUGGACCUCCAUGGCUUCAGCUCCCGGCAGCGACAGCAGCUGCUGCGGUUCUUGCAGCGCUUGGGCCUCUUUCAGGGCAUCUUGGCCUUUCUGCUGUCGGCCACCGUAGAUCUUCAGGGCCAACGCCUGGGGCGAGGCGGAGAGACGUCCUUCCACGGUUGCUUGAGAGAGAUUGAGGACGCGGUGCGGUCCGCCGCGCCCCGCUGGGCCGCCGCCCGAACGUUGCACCGUGAGUUCCGCUGUGGCCGUGUGGGCGCGCGGGAGUCAAUGAGCUGCAGGAGCACGACACCCUUCCGUGCCUCCUGCGUGCGCGAUGGGCGGCACAGAGGCUUCCGUUCCCAGGAUGUCAUGGCGGCGAUGGGUGCAGGGGCCUUGGAAGCCAAUGCGGACUUGCAGAUCGACGCUGGGCCACAGCGGGGUGCUAUGAAUAUCCAGGUCGUGGAAAUUCGUGGAAUGUGGAGGGUACCCUAA